CAUCAAUAGGCGCUGCUUUGCCACUUGGGUAUGGGGUCGACGAACAAGGGAGAGGAGGCGGCCACUGACCAAUCCCCGGAAGCCGAUCUGGCCCGCAGUGGACCCCGCGUCCGGAUGCACCCUGCCAACAGCCAACUGCAAUCGCCAUUAUUUAGGAAACUGUCUGCUGAACUGCGCCUACUCAUCUACGAGGUUGUGCUUGGGGAUCCCACUCGACCGAUGCACAUCGUGCUUUACGAUGAUGGGUCUGGUCGUGUGGGUCGUCAGCGCUGCGAAGAUAUGGAAUGCCCAUACCCAAUGUGGCGGCAUAAAUGCUUUGGAAUCUAUAAACCGGGCGACGGCCUAGGGGUGCGACAUUCUUUCACGCCGUCCACGCGAGACGGACUGCUUGCUCUUCUCCUCACUUGUCGACAAAUCUACUCAGAGGCACUGGAGGUGCUAUACGCAGCUAACGAGUUUCACUUCAAAGGCCCGAGAGGGAUCAUCGCCUUGUACUCGUGUAUUCCUCGGAGCCAUUGGAGCCUGAUACACCACGUGCAUAUUUCGACUGUUUUCUUAUCUCCAACCGAGCGCUGGGAGAAUGGGGUUCACUCUGGCCAUCCCUCUGAGGUGUACAGUGUUUGGGAUCGAGGCUGCCGCUCUAUCCGAUGCCUCCCCGCCCUACGAUCCAUUUGCCUCGACAUCAUCGUCUGGCAUUCGCUGAAAGAAAGCCGCGACGAUCCUAGCAUGAUCUCAGAUCAAACGCUCAUCCGCAUUCUCGAACCUAUCAAAGCUAUUGAAGCACCUAUUUUCGAAGUCGAGAUCAACAUCCCAAUUCCGCACUCUGUUCUACGAUCCCUUGGGCCUGUCAACUUCACUGUUGCUGUUAGAAGAAGACCCUAUAAUUCGACGGUCUUUGGUGUAAGAUAGCACUUAUUGUACCCAUCCCGUCAAACCCGCAAAACAAACCAACCCUAAAACUAGCUUUUGUACAUCAAUGGGCACCUUUUCAGACGUUCGGGACAACUCUGCCGUCAUCCACUCUUCUG